CGUCACCCCCGACGUGAUCGAUCAUAUCGCCACGAGCACCUACGUACAAUUGGAUAUAUGGAAGCGGCGGCGGUGGCGGCGGGCGGCUCGGAGAUCUACCGGCUGCCGGAGGAGUGCGUGGCGUACGCCAUCUCGCUGACGACGCCCGGCGACGCGUGCCACUCGUCCGCGGUGUCGCCGGCGUUCCGGGCCGCCGCCGACUCCGACUCCGACUCCGACUCCGACUCCGACGCCGUCUGGGACCGCUUCCUGCCGCCCGACCACGCCGCCGUGCUGGCGCGCGCCGACGAGCCCGUCCAGUGCGAGUCCAAGAAGGACCUCUUCUCGCGGCUCUGCGACAGCCCCGUCCUCCUCGACGGCGCCACCAUGAGCUUUGGGCUGGAGAGACGGAGCGGGGCGAAAUGCUUGAUGCUGUCGGCUAGGGCGCUGAGCAUUGUGUGGGGAGAUGAUCCGACGUGCUGGGUAUGGACCGCUAGCCUUCCGGGAUCCAGCAGGUUUCCGGAGGUCGCCGAGCUCGUCGACGUGUGCUGGCUGGAGAUCAGCGGGAAGCUGAGCCUGUCGCUGCUCUCCCCGGGGACAACCUACGCCGCCUACCUCGUCUUCGCCAUCGCCGACGACUCCUACGGCCUCGAGUGCCACGUCGGCAUGCUGCCACCCAAGGCCACAGUCACCGUCGUCGUCUCCGGGUCCGGGAGCAGCAGCAGCAAGAAGCCGACGACGGCGGGGGUUGCGAUGACGGCGACGACCAAGACGUCCACCGAGCACGCCAUCUGCCUGCAGCACAUGCAGGGCGAGGAGGAGGCCGCCAUGCACCGGCGGAAGCAGCAGUACAUGCGGCUCCGCAAGGGCUACGGCCGCAAGAUGAUGCUCACGAGGGAGGCCGACCCGGACAUCAGGUGCCCGCGGCGGAGGGGCGACGGGUGGGCGGAGGUCGAGCUGGGCGAGUUCGCCGUGGCCGGCGACGGCGAGGUCGCCGACGAUGGGGUGGUGGAGGUGAGGCUGGAGGAGGUGGAUAGCCGGCGCUGGAAGAGGGGGCUCAUUGUGCAAGGCAUUGAGAUAAGGCCCAAACACGCCGCUUCCUAGCGCUAUAGAGCCGGCUAGCUGCUAGAGGAUUUAAUUGUUUUUAAUCUAGGGGAGAAUUAAUUAUUAAGAAGUGGCGAUGAAUUAAUUAGGUCCGGUCCAGACAGUAACAGUCGAUCGACUCUCGACCAGAUUCUUUUCUGGACUGACGCAACAGCUUAAAAAAUCGAGCUGCUGAUCAAGAAUGGUGUGUCGUUGCGUCGUCAGUGCUUGCAUGCAGACUACUGCGUCGUCGUACGUGCUGCUGCAAAGCGCUUACGGGACACGCAUGCAUGCAGAACGGCUUGUUAAUGACAUUGCAUGCAUGCAUGGCUUAUAUAGCUAGUUUAAUAAUUAUAUAUAGAGAGAUGAUCAACUCAGGGCGACAGCCGAAUAGCAGAUCCUGCUGUGGUACGUGGUCCAGUUGGUGAUCCAAGGGCCAAAAUGAGAUUAAUUAUUGCAAAUAUAAUGUACUAGUAUUUGUUGUAAUGUUAAUUAUUCCACACAUAUUUUAACGUGGUUGUUCGUUGUUUU